AAGACAAAAGCGAUGUCGUCACCAGGGGCUGAUGAUGUCUGCCCCAUUUGCCUAUGCUCCAUCGAAGAGGAGUUCUCAAGGCCAGAGAAUUGCCAGCAUCGGUUCGAUUUGGAUUGUUUGACUGAGUGGGCGAAGUUACGACUGAGUUGUCCAUCAUGUCGUGCAACUUUUGGAGCCAUCUACACCUACAAGAUACUGGAGGGCAAACCAACACUACGCAAAGUUCAAAAAAUGGAGCAACCCGCGGAAGCCGAGCCAUUCGACGAGACAGACCCGCUAGACUUCACCGUAUGUGAAAUUUGUUCUGGUGGAACGCAUGAGGAGCUUCUUCUAAUUUGCGAUCAGUGUGAUAGGGGAUUCCACACCUUCUGCCUUACUCCUCCUUUGGAUGCAGUUCCAACUUCCGAGCAGUGGUUUUGUCCUCGAUGUGAAGAAUCACGUAUGAUGCGACCAUCCUCAAGUCGCAGAAGUGAACCAUCAGCAAGAGCCAUUCGCCUUGUCCAAAGGACUGCACUUGCUGAGCGAGUUCGUCGAGCGUUAGCUCGUAAUCGUCGCGCAGUAGAAAUAGUUGAAAGUAGUACUGAAGAGGAAGAAAGUGAUGAGGAGGAGGAAGAUGAGGAAGAUGAAGAACAAGAGGACGUGUCUGCUUCUUCAAGUGAAGAGGAAAUGAAGGACUUCUUUGAGGAUGAUGCUCGAGUUCUGGGUGACAUGGAGUAUGACGUUCCUUAUGAAGAAGAGCCUUUGCCUAGUGUGCGAAGAAGGUCGAAAAAGGAAAGAAAUGCAGGAAAGAAGGCAGCGAAACCGAAGAAAAAGAAGGUUACCAAAAGACGNACCAAGGGGAAGCGAAGGAAAGUAAAGCGUGUGCGUCGCAAACGAACGUCCUCAAAAUCAACGAAGGAAGGUCCGUUGGACGCGUUUGUUUUGCGACGUGGUGUAGCGCGAGAUCCAAUCGCACGUCUUUCACUUUUGGGUGCUGGUCUAGAACCUGUUGCGGAUGAGGACCCGCUGAUCACAGAAAACUCUCGCCGAUUUGAUCGUCCAAUCACCCGACGGAAAGAAGAGUCUCCACCAGCGUCAAAUGGCGAGGCUGAAGAAAAAGCCAACGUUGACACGUGUGAUCUCCUUGGGUCAAUUAUCCCGGAACAGACGAAAACUCUCGCGCCUGGAAGGUUGUUUGCUGUCAGGGGUGGGCGCUUUAAUACUACAGAAGAUUUUGAGAAGUAUAAAGCGAGAACAACAGAUCAUAUGUCAUCCGAGCUCAAGGAACGACUAGGGAUUCCCGUUGAAAAGGCAGAUCCUCCUGAGGAGCGACCGAAACACAAUAAGGAUAGUGAGGUCCACAAGGCUGACACUACCGGUGUGAAUAAGGAGCGCAGUUCGAUGCGAGACGGUGAUUCUGCGAUUUUCAAAAAGCCAGAGUUAAAGGAUGCAAUUCGGUAUCGAGAAUAUAAGAAAAAGGAAACCAAAGAUGCAGGUCGUCUGGGGCAAAAUGAGAGUAAAGCGGAGGGGAGAUCUGCGUUGUGUAGUCGAAUUCCGGAUCGAAAUUUGAAACCGAGUUCAGACGAAAAGAGGUCAUCUAGUUACUGGCAUUACAGCGAUGAUCGCAAAAGAGAUGAUCAGAAUCGCAAGCCUGAGGAGCGAUGUCAACCAAGUGUUCGUAGAGAGGGCUAUCUUCAUGGGCAAAGCUCUGGUGAAAGGACUUCAGCAGUCAUGGAUCGGGAUCAUAGCAAUAAUGCUCGAUAUGAGCGAUAUGCUGAAGGAUCGUCUCAUUCGAAGUUCAAUGCGGCAAAGGUGCAUGUUUCUGAUGAAAAGAAAGCUUCAGCGACACUCAACCAGGAACGUCAACGGAAUGACUUCCUUCGAUUGAUGAGGAAUGGCAAAGCAGAAAGUUCAUCUGCUCAAAAAUCAAAUCAAAAUGAGAAAUGGGGUCCUUCGAGAAAUUCAACUACUGCAGGAUCCAGUCAUCAGCGUACUCAAAACGAUCAUGAUCGAAAGAAACCGAGCGAGAAAAAUAUUGAGGAACACCGUACCCUGUCCAAUCAAAAGUUGACUCAGCCACCAGCUAAGCAGAGUGUUGAAAUGACUUCGUCGCUAUCGCUCCGCAACGACAAGCCUAAUCACAGUAGUUGUGAAUAUCAGCAUCAUGAUGUAAAUGGAAAGUGUACAGGGUCCUUUGAAGCGAAGAGGGAUGAUAACAGCAAACGUCCUAAUCUCGUGGAAAGAAAAUACCACUCAAAUCACCUGAACCGUAGCAGUGACUCACUAAGAAGUGCGAAUUCUGACCGUCAACUAAAGUUCGAGAAAUCUGAGAGAGAAGAUCGUGGUCUUGAUACAAAACCUGUGUCGAAGAAGACAUCCACUGAAGAUCCAUCUGCCAGCGUAUCCUCCACUGAAUGGAUGCCAAAUUUGCAAGCACCUUCAGCAGCUCCUCCUACAGGCCCUGGUCUUAAUGGUGCCAAACCUGAAGCCGCGAACAUUAAGAUGACAAGUGAAGAACUUUUGUCCACCAUUGAAGGCUUUGCAAAGGACGGAAUCAGGUUUUAUAAAAGGAGGCUUACCCGUGAAGAGUACAAAGACGUGAUGAGAGCUGUUGUCCGUGAAUGUUACAAAAAGCGAGUUUUGGAUGAAAUCAAAAUCAAGGAAAAGGUGAAAAUGUAUGUGCAUGCUGUAAAAAACGGAGAAUCAUUGCCAUCUGGGCACAGCAAUGUGAAGAGGAACGAAGGACCCAGUGGAGUUCAAAUGUCCGUACCAAUAAAAAGACCAAAAGUCGAGACCUGGUGA